AUGAGUAAAAUUAAAGUGAUGAGCGUAACAGGUAAUCCAGAUUUAUUGCACUUUAAAAAUUUGCAAUUAACAGAACGUAAAAAGACUUAUGAGAUUUAGGAAAUGCAUGAAGUAGGACUAUUAUAAUAAUUAAGUCUGAAUAUGAUCAUCAAGUGAAACUGCUCAAAAGGAAUGCUUCUUUAAGAAUUUAAAUUAAGAAAUUACAGCCUCUUUGUAAUUAAGAACCAUUUACUAUGGAUGAUUCAUUUAUGUCUAAAACAGUUAAAAGGUUUUAUAAAAUAGAUUAAAAUUAGACCAUUGUUAUUAAUAUAGAAUGGAACACCUACAGUACAUUCAAAUCGUAGGGUUAAAUUUACUUAAACAAUGAUUAGUUAAGCUUAUGAAUCUUAAUUGAAAUUUUUUAAUUAGAGAAAGAAUAGUAAUUAUAUAUAUUUUAUCAAUUUUAGCUUAUGUAUAAAUGAUGUUAUCAAUUGAUGAUUAACUCUAUCCUGUUAUUAUAGAAUUAUUUAAUGAAUUUACUCCAAAGGCAUGUGAUAAUUUUAUUAAAUUCUGUGAAGGUGUCAAUAUUGAAGGCUAAUUCUAUUCUUACAAAAAAAGUAAAUUCACAAAAUACAAGCCUAAUGGUAUUAUUUGUAAUUAAUUUCAAUUUUAGGAUUCAUCUAAGGAGGUUAAUUUGAUAAAAAAAUAUCAAUUUAUGGAGGAUAUUUUGAAGAUGAAUCUUAUGCUUUAAAACAUGAUUGUGAAGGUAUUAUUGGAUUUGCCAAUGAUGGAUUUCAACAUACAAAUCAUUCUUAAUUUUAUAUUACUUUAGCGCCUAUGCCUUUUUUUGAUUAUAAAAGAGUAGCUUUUGGUAAGAUUAUAAGAGGAAUGAAAUAAAUAUUAAAAGUAUUAAAAUAAGAAUAACAUUCUGAUAUUGUUAUAUAUGAUUGUGGUCGUUAUGAUCAUUAAGCUUAAAUUAGAUUAAAAUUAGAAAAAUUUACUGAUGAUUUUUAUUCUAAUUUACCAGAAAAUACUCAAUCUUUUAAUAAGUUUAUAGAAGCAGAAUAAUUAAAACAUAAUGAAGCUUCUGGUGAUUUUACUUAAUUAGUUAAAUAUCUUGUUGAAUAAAUGAGAAUAAUUUCUAAAUCUGUAUAUUCAUUAACAGGUCUUAAAAAAGCAAUAUAAUAAUUAAAUGAAUCAUUUGUUAAAACAUAAUAUUGUCAAAUUCUAUAUAUUUUAGAUAAUUAAUAGACUUUAUUAGCAGAUAAUUAAUAAUCAAAAUAUAUAGUUGCCUUUCGAGCUGUUGAUGGUACAGACUCAUGUAGAGCAUCAGCAUUUAUAAUAUUUAAAAAAUAAACAACAAUUUUUAAGUAAGUUAAUUUAAAUGAUUUUAAAUAAUAAGCAGAGUAAAUUACAUCAAUGGGAUACUGUGUUUAUGGUUAGACUACAUAACUUGUAUUUGGAACUGGAUAUAAUUUAAGUAUGUUUACACUUCAUAAUAAUGAAUUUAAGUUAUAAUAAUAAGAGUAAUAAUAGUUUAUAUUUUUAUAGAUUACAAAUACCAAAAAAAGAAACCUUUUAUUCUUCUAAUAUCAAAGAUGAUUUCUUACAAAAUAAAAUUAUUACAAAUCUUCCAACUAAAAAUUAUAGAUACACAGACAGUAUUUUUACGACUCUUCAUAGAGUUGUACGUCUUGGAGGAUUGGCUAUGUAUAAAGAAGUUACCAUUUUUGAAGCAAUCAUCUGCGCAUUCACUCUUGCCAGAUCAUGGGGAUGGUCAUUUUGUGAUGGAACAAGUAAAUUUCAAAUCAAUUAAAUAGCUACUUUUAAUCAAAUUAAAAUUAGAGAUAUAAAAUAGCUAACAUACCUAUAUAUUGGUUAAUAGAAAUGGAUUUAAAAAAUUGAAAAUCAUUUUCUAUCCAUAGUUUGA